GAGAAAGAAAAGAAAGAGAAAGAAAGAAAGAAAGAAAGAAAGAAAGAAAGAAAGAAAGAAAGAAAGAGAAAGAAAGAAAGAAAAAGAAAAAGACUUCCCAGACAUAGCCUCUCAAGAUCCUGACCUUGAUAAGGCUCCUUCAGAAACCAGACCUUUUAGGGCUCCCAAACUCUCCUGGUUUUGUUUUUUUGGAAACCCGCGCUUUUUCCAAACAAAAGCCCAAUUAGCAGAUUGCAAAACAAGCGGUUUCCUUGCUCCUGCAGUGUUUGUGUUUGAGGAACAGCCGCCAAAUUCUUUGCAAAGCUUCCCAGCCGUGACUGCUGGGUCACUACCCUCGACAGCCACUCAGCCCGUCUUCCCUGCUCUCCUCCCCGUUCAAGCGCAACCCCGCCAGGCGAGUUGUGCAGAUUUAUAAUGGCUGUUUUUCGAUUGAGUUGUGUAGCUUUGCUGCUGCCACAGAAAAAAAAAAAAGCCGAGAGAGCAAGCAAGCUGGGUUGUCUGGCUGUGAGAACGCACUUGGCUGGAGGGCAAGGCUUCCGAUGGCUUCCCCCGUGCCCGCAGCCUGCUGUGUGGUGUUCACCGCCAUGGUGGUAGUCUACGCCCAGAAGCAUAGCCAGCAAGAAUCCCACGUCCACUACGCGCAGUUGGGGACCGAUGUGACGAUACCAUGUAGCUCAGUAGACCAGGGGACGCCUGUCACCUGGACGGCCAACAGCACUGAUCUGGAUGCUUCCCAUCUCAACGGCUCCCACCUUGUCCUUCGGAAUGUGGACCUCUCCCACAACGGACAGUACUCUUGCUACGAGGGGUCUUCGUGGCACCUCAAAGAUCGAGUCAACCUCAAAGUUGGAACACCGCCCCGGGAGCCCAGUUUGAUGUGCCGGUCCAACAACUACCCCAUCGGCUUCUACUGCAGCUGGCACCUGCCCAGCCCUACCUACAUUCCCGACACCUUCAACAUCACCGUCAUACACGACUCCCAGGAGAUCGUCUGUGAGAAGGACACGGGGCCCAAAAACAGGUGUUACAUCCGCUACCCCCACCUCUUCUCCACCAAAAAGUACAGGGUGAUCCUCACCGUCACCAACGCCCUGGGCAGCAGCUCCACCGCCAUCGUCUUUGACGAGUUCGCAAUAGUGAAACCAGAUCCUCCCGAAAAUGUGAUCGCAAAACCGAUCCCCAACAACGCCCGGAGGCUGCUGGUGACCUGGCAGUAUCCUUCUUCCUGGCCGGAUCCGGAGUCCUUCCCUCUCAAAUUCUUCUUGAGAUACCGACCGCUCAUCAUUGACCAGUGGCAGCACGUGGAGCUCUCCGAUGGGACCUCCCACAUCAUCACCGACGCCUAUGCCGGGAAAGAAUACAUCAUCCAGGUGGCCGCCAAGGACAAUGAGAUCGGCACCUGGAGUGAUUGGAGUGUGGCCGUCCAUGCCACACCCUGGACGGAAGAGCCAAAGUACCUCACCACCGAAGCCCAGGGAGCAGAGAGCACCACCAGCACCACCUCCACGUUCAAGGCGCCCCCCACCACCAGGAUCUAUGACUCAGAGGAACAAAGCAGCGAUGAAGCCGUGUCACCUUCUGUGGUCCCAGGCCUGGCUUUGGUGGCCUUCGCCCUUCACUUAAUCUAGAUGCGUCUUUUUCUCUUCAUGGCUUCGCUUCCUGGAAGGACGAGUCCUUGGGAGACCCAGGCGUCCCCAGCUCCCCCUUCGCCCACCCACCACAACCUGCCCUGGAUGGAGCCCAUGCCAGACCGAUGGCGGGUGGGAACGAGGAAGCAGCCCUCCGGAACACGCCAGGGAGGAGCACCCGGCCUUGGGCUCGGAUUAUACAGCUAAGCCACCAAGCCAAAGAUGCUUCCUUCAGCCGCCAAGGCAGGACCCUCAAGCGUGUGGACGGGGCAGCCCAGACCAGAGGUCCCCCCCCGGAGGGGGCCACACCAAGCUGGGAGCUCUCCGCUUUUCUGAACUGUGAGAAGAUGAACUUGUGAGACCUCAGCCAAGCAAAACAAGGAAACGAGGGUGGGGACCCGGAUCCUCCCACAGACGCCCCCCCUGUGAGCCCCAAGACUUCCAUAUAACAGGUUGAGAGGGGUCUUUUUCUGCCUGCACUGACAUCCUUGUUGCCGAAAGAUGGGGGCUGUUCCUGGACCACCCCCUUGUCUCCCCCUCUUUGUAACAGAGUCCGUUCAGUUUAUACAAGGAUCAUUGGGGUUUCUGUACUGCUCUUAUUACGGGGUGGGGGGUGGAGGAUGGGAUCCACACCGGUGGGGGGUUCUGUAACUAAGCCGAGACACUCUACUCACACACACCCCAGCUCAUCCUGUUCCCCCAACCCGUUUUGUAAUGUUCCCCUCCUCUCCUGCCCCAGACCCACGUCGGAUCUCGCCCCUCUCCCGUCGGGGUGCAGCAUUUAAGACCGUAAGCCCUUCUAUGCCCCCUGGAUUGUACGCCGUCUUUGAACUUUUUAUAGAUGUACAUAGAAAUUUUAAGACUCAACAUGCACACACAAACACGCACCGGCACCGGAAGGCAGAGAAGCAGAGAAGAUACUCAUUAAAUGUGACCAUUUCAUUACAA